GCCCACUGUUGUCUAAAGACCUGAGAGAAAUGGAUCCCUGUUUGUCCCUCCCCAAGAAAACCCCAAAUGGGGUCACAAAUUGUCAACAUGCCUGAAAUGACUGAACAACAACAAUGGAAGGGGAAAGGUGAAUAGCAAGUGUAUGACAGUUUGACUAAGAAUUAGGGGGCUUUGAGCUACCUUUAGAAGGCAGAGAAAAGUCCAGACAGUUUCAGUAUUUCAAAUACCAGUCAGCGCCAAUAGCCUCUGGCAAGCUGAUCCAUUUGGACCAACACUGGCUUACAAGAGUCCUGGAGGAAGCCGACAUGUUUGGACCAGACCCGUGACACUAGACACUGCCUUCCCCCAUGAAGCACCCAAGACAGAUCGUCUCCCUGCUUUUCCUUCCUAGAAAUCUCUUUCAUAAAUGUCUUUCCUGGACCUGAACUUCUUCUCCAUGAGCAUGUGGUCUCUGGGGGCUGGAGCCCUGGGCGCAGCUGCCCUGAGCUUGAUCCUGGCCAACACUGAUCUGUUUCUGACCAAAUCGGUAGACGCCACCCUGGAGUUCCUGGAAGAGAUCCAGCUGAAAACCCUGGAUAAUGAAUCCCCAAAGACUUUCAAAGCCCGAGAACUCUGGGAACACCGUGGGGCAGUGAUCAUGGCAGUACGCAGGCCAGGGUGUUUUUUGUGUCGAGAGGAAGCAGCUGACCUUUCUGCUCUCAAGCCUCAGCUAGAUCUGUUGGGUGUCCCGCUCUAUGCUGUGGUGAAGGAGAAGAUUGGGUCUGAAGUGGAGAAUUUCCAGCCAUAUUUCAAAGGAAAAAUCUUUCUGGAUGAAAGGAAAAAAUUUUAUGGUCCCCAGAAGCGGAAGAUGAUGUUUAUGGGAUUUGUUCGUCUGGGUGUCUGGCAGAACUUUUUCCGGGCCAGGAGUAAGGGCUUCUCUGGUAACCUAGAAGGAGAAGGGUUCGUCCUUGGAGGUGUUUAUGUGAUUGGGCCAGGCAAACAGGGGAUCCUCCUAGAACACCGAGAGAAAGAAUUUGGAGAUAAAGUCAACCCUGCGUCUGUUUUGGAGGCUGCCAAAAAGAUAAAGCCACACACUUCGACCUCCGAGGGGAAAUGAUCAAAUGUUUAAGAGCUGACUUUGGGGAAAUCUAGGCAGAUGAAAGACUUCAAUUAUGUGACAUUGGCUUCACAAGUCCCAUGGAUCCAAACCCAUCUGCCUAAUUCACAGAUCCUGGAUUUUCAUUUUGCCUCAACAAUUAGAACUCAAAACAGAAUCAACUUUUCCUCCCUUUUUUAGUUCUUUUUUUCCUCUUUCUUUUUCUUUCUUUUUUUUUUAUCCCCAAGCAAGUUAGUAUUUUUUUCACCAAGAAAUGGGGAAAAUGUGAAGUCUGGCUUUCUGGGCUACAUAUUGCAUCCACAGCUCACCUCACUCACAUUUGUAGCCCCUUUGAGAUUUGCAAAGUGCUUCCCUCUCUCAGUAUUGCUAUAAAGUCUGGAAUGCAGGGAUUUGGAAUUGGAGGAGACAGAGAUGUGGACUUGCCCUGGAUCUAAUAACACCUCCCCUCCCAAAUAAGGAUAUAAUGAAAAAAGUACCAAAUUCAGCCUCAAGAGUACUUGGUUUGAAUCCAAGCUCUCACAUCUAUCUAAUAACUCUUUGGCAAAUUGCUUAAUCUCUAUGAGACUUAGUUUCCUUAUUUGUUUAUAAUAUUUAGUGAGAAUAAUAACAAACAUGACAUAAUGCAUAGGGGACUGGAUUAUUAACAAAGAUGGGUGUCAAAUCUUGAUGCUAUCUGUGUGGCAAAAUAUAAACAACAACCAUACUGAGUCUCAGUUUCUACAUCUAUUAUAAGAGGAAUAAUGAUGACUGGUGACAGGCAGUGCGGCGUCAUGGCUAGAGAAAUGGCCUCAGAGUCAGGAAUGAAUGAAUAGAUGGAUAGAUGACUGAGAAUUUAUUAAAAGCUUGCUUUUUCCCAAACAAUGUACUAAGCAGAGGAAAUAUGAAAGGAGAAAGUGAUUCAGGAAGAGAAACAUAUCAAAGAAAAUAUGACUAGAGGGCCGAAGGUUGAAGCUGAGGGCUGGCUGGCAAGAUCUAGGGGUCCCUCAAUUCUAACACUCAGUCAGAUGUCAGUGUUAAAGGUCGGCAGAGAGUAGCAGCAGGCAGACCUGGGUUCCAGAACUGCUUCUAGUACCUACUGUCUGUGUAACUCUAGGCAAGUCACUUAACCUUUUGGUGCCCCCCAGCAACUCUUUAAUACCAGAUGUUGUCAAGAAUGGAUAAAUCUUUAUUUGAGGGGAUGACUCCCCACCAGGAGCACCCCCUACAGUGAUGAGAUCGGGAAUCUAGUUUAGAGAGAAAAAAAAAGAGAAAACAACUUCCAAUACCAACUUGAAAUGAGAAAAUGCAUGUGAGGGGCUUUACAAAUUGUAAAGCACUGAAUAAGUAUCAGCUGUCAUCACUACCAUUCCAUAGAUUUGUUGUGGGAUUUCUUGCAUUGUAAAAGUUAAAACACUUUUACAAAAGGAAAUUGCUGUUCUUUGAAACUGAGAUUUGAACUCAGGUGACCUGAUCCCAAAUUCAGUGUGCUUUCCAUUGUGCUUAGUUGUAUCUCCAAUGAGUAUAAUUUUUGGAGUAAUAUUCUUGGAAUCAAUUCACCUGGAAGGUUUUUCUGGCUUUUUGCUUCUUUGUUUUUGUUCCUUCAGAUGCCCUGAGAAUCUGGUGCAUUUCACCUUCAGGCAGGAGUAUUGUGGGCUCUCCAUGGAUGGACUGUGUGUUUGUCCUACCAGGACCAGCCUAGCUAAAUUUGGAGGGAGGGGCUCACCCUCGAGGACUGGCCACCCAGUGGUGACAUCCUUUUCUGGCAACAGCAACCCAAGAAACAGCCCUCUGAGUUGUGGAGGAGAUGCAGUCUAUGCUGACGAAAUAAUGAAUUGUUGUAUAUGAGUGUGUCGUGAUGACUUUAUAUGAAUAGAGAUUUCCCUCUUUAUGGAGCAAACAAAAAAACAAAAAAUAAAACAAAGCUGAAUCUUCUGACACCAUUGAUUUUUAAUCUGUCAUUAGGCUUGUCCUACUGGAAAAUGUUUUGGUACCUGGCUAAAAUAAAACCAUGCUUAGGAAAACA